GUCUACUGCUGUGUGGAGAUUUACAGUUUAGUGUCGAUAUUCCCUCAGAUGUUACACUGCACGCUGUGGCGGGUUUCUACCAUAUUUCUUGAAGAUGAUUUGCCGAAUGUUGUCACUUCCAGCAAAUAUGAAACAACGUCUCCUGUGAAGAAAACAGGAAAUGUGGGUUUCCAAGAUUGUUGUGCUGUCGUAGGCAGCGGUAGUGUGAGCCUACAGUUGUUGUGCUGGUCGGAUGGACCUCCCUCUUUUUGCCUGCUGGCUCCAGUAGGCUGUCCGCCCGGAGAAACACCAGCCUUGGCUGCGGCGAGGGCGGAGCUGGCCUGGCUGUCACAAAGAUAUGUUUCAUUUCAAAAACUAGUCACUACGCCAACUACUGUCUGAAUCAGCACGGCUUUGGGUUUAACCGCGACGACAAAGCGCCCGUUCAGCGAACAGUCGGAGAAACAGGAUGCCGGUGAAAGGCGGAGGAAGACUGGCCUCUUACCCGAGCAAGAGCGAAAAUGUCGGAAGCUCAGGGAUGGAAGAGAUGGUCUGGGAGCAGUACACAGUCACUCUGCAGCGGGACUCUAAGAUGGGAUUCGGCAUCGCUGUGUCAGGUGGGCGUGACAACCCCAAUGUGGACAACGGUGAGACAUCAAUCAUCGUGUCAGACGUGCUGCAGGGAGGACCAGCAGAUGGAUUACUCUUUGAGAAUGAUCGUGUCAUUCAGGUCAACAACAUCCCCAUGGACAACGUGCCUCAUUCCUUUGCUGUGCAGUCCCUCCGUAAAUGUGGAAAAGUGGCUAAAAUAACGGUGAAGAGACCUCGUAAGGUGUCAGUCCACUCACAGAAGCAGCCCCCCUCCCCAGGCGGAGAGAGUCGGGAAUACGCUCCUUCCUCUCACUACUACGACGCCGAUAAUGACAACGGCUGGUAUCGUGAUGAAGGCCGGGACCACACCAUGGACAGCAAAGGAUACCUGGACCCUGAGUACAGGGGAGGGCGGGAUUCCAACCAGAGAGGGAGGAGCCGCGGGAGGAGCCAAGAGAGAAGCUCGCCCAGCCCGGACAGAUCCAGGAGGGAUGGCAGCCGAGGACGAGCCCUGGACACCAGCGCCGAGCGUCACAGGUACAACAGCAGAGGCCACAGCCCAGGGGACAGCUAUCGCAUGGAGGACAAGUAUGAGCGAGGAGAAGGAGGAGGAGGAAGAGGAGGGAGGUAUAGGAGCAGGGACCGACUUAAUGACAACCCUCCAUCCCCAGAACCUUCCAGAGAGCGGGAGCCACUGGAGAAACCUGUCAACGUCCUGCUGGUGAAGAACAGACCCAGUGAAGAGUAUGGUCUACGUCUGGGCAGUCAGAUCUUCAUCAAACAGAUGACCAGUACAGGCCUGGCUGCCAAAGAUGGGAACCUGCAGGAGGGAGACAUCAUUCUCAAGAUCAACGGGACAGUGACAGAGAACCUCUCUCUGCAUGACGCUGGGAAGCUGAUAGAGAAGUCAAGGGGGAAGCUGCAGCUGGUGGUCCAGAGAGACCACCGUCAGAUCCUCGUCCGCAUCCCCCCCCUCGCAGACUCCGACUCUGAUAAUGACGACAUAUCAGAGAUGGAGUCAUACCAUUCCUAUUCUCCCCCAGAAGAGAGGAGGUCCCGCCAGUCUGACCUGUCCUCCCACUCUUCUAAUGAAAGAGACAACCCCAGGGAAGAGCCCAUGAGGACAGCUGAGAUGUCAGCGAUGGCCUCCCCGUUCAGAGUUCCCGAAGAUCCCCAGGCCUCAGCUGAGCUGAACAAAGACACACCGCACAUUGAGGAGCCUCCAGCUGCUGUAACAGCCACGCCCAAGAUUCUCCUCCGACCAAGUCCAGAAGAUGAGAAAAUAUACGGACCAAACACAGUGAUGGUGAAUUUCCAGAAGGGAGACAGCGUGGGGCUGAGGCUGGCAGGAGGUAAUGAUGUUGGCAUCUUCAUUGCUAGUGUUCAAGAGGGCAGUCCUGCUGAAGAGGAGGGCCUGCGCAUCGGAGAUCAAAUCCUAAAGGUGAACAAUGUGGAUUUUCAAGGUGUAGUGAGAGAAGAAGCAGUGCUCUUCCUGUUGGAGAUUCCUAAAGGGGAAGUGGUCACUAUCCUGGCACAGAGCAAACCUGAUGUCUAUAAUGAUAUCUUGGUGUCGGGGCGCGGAGACUCCUUCUUCAUCCGGACCCACUUUGAGUAUGAGAAGGAGACUCCUCAGAGCCUGGCCUUCAGGCGGGGGGACAUCUUUAAGGUGGUGGACACUCUGUAUGACGGCAAGCUUGGCAACUGGCUGGCAAUUCGUGUUGGCAAGGACAAGCAGCUACUGGAGAAGGGCAUCAUCCCCAACAAGAGCAGAGCGGAGCAGAUGGCCAGUGUCCAGAGCUCUCAUAAAGCUGUUGCGGGUGAUCGAGCGGACUUCUGGCGGUUGCGAGCCAACCGUUCUGGGAAGAGGAAGGACCUGAGGAAGAGCAGAGAAAACCUGAGCAGUCAGACCCUGGCCACGCGCUUCCCAGCAUACGAACGAGUGGUGCUCCGAGAAGCUGGUUUCCGGCGUCCUGUGGUGCUGUUCGGACCCAUCGCUGAUGCUGCCAAUGAGAAACUGGCUUCUGAGAUGCCCGAUCUGUUUGUUAUUGCCAAAACCGAGCCGAAAGAUGCCGGCUCUGAGAAGUCCUCAGGAGUGGUUCGCCUAAACACCAUCCGACAAAUCAUUGAGCAGGACAAGCAUGCCCUGCUGGACGUGACCCCCAAGGCAGUGGACACCCUGAACUACACCCAGUGGUACCCCAUUGUCAUCUUCUUCAACCCAGACAGCAAGCACGGCAUCAAGGCCAUGCGACAGAGGAUCGUCCCCAACUCCAACCGCAGCGCCCGCAAACUCUACGAACAAGCCGUCAAACUGAGGAAGACCUGCUCUCACUUAUUCACUGCCACCAUCGAUCUGAACUCUGCCAACGACGCCUGGUAUGGGAGUGUCAAAGAGUCUGUUAGAGAGCAGCAGAUGCAGGCUGUCUGGGUUUCUGACGGCAAGCUGGAGGGAGUAGAGAGUGAUCUGGACUGCCAGGACGUGGAGCGUUUGUCCUUCCUGUCUGCCAUGUCCGCUGACUACCUCAGCAUGGACAGCCGGCUGACCUCUGACCUCGACGACACCGCUGACGAGGGCGGGGCCUACACUGACAAUGAGCCCGAUGUCGAGAUGAUGCACAUCUCUGCCAUCAGUCGCUCGUCUGAGCCUGUCACAGCUGAGGAGAUCUUGCGCAGGUACAGUCCAGACAUCAGGAGUCGCAUGCGGAAAAUCAGCAGCCGUGAUGUCCUAAACAGGUCCAGCCCUCCACCUGCCUUCUUAACAGACAACAAGGUGAAACUGUCUUUGAGGGACGAUCCAGUCCUCCUAUCAGGCUCCACCAACCCACACCAUCACCACCGUCACCACCACCCUCCACCCCCCAGCUCCAGCCGAAGUUAUGACUCUCCGUCCAGCAGCAGCCCAGCCAGCAGCAACAACGACCCUCCACCACCCAUCUCCCGUUCAGCUGCCUCCUCUGGCCCUCCACCCCUGCCUCCGGCUCACCACUUCAACUCCAGUAACAAACUGUGGCCCCUGGGAGCGCCCCAACCCCCCACCACACCCAAGCCCAGCAGCUGCGGGAGCACUGCAGAAGCUGCAGUUCACUCACCCGCUGCUCUGCCCAGUGCAAUUGUGGCAGCCUGUAGGCAGCAGGGGGAGACAGCACAGGACAGCUCUGUGGAGGAUCCGUCCAUGAGGUCCUUCCUGGGGAAGAUCAAAGCUUUUGAGAAGAUGGAUCACUUUGCCCGAGCCCAAAGGAUGCUGGAACUGCAGGAGGCGCAGAAUGCCAGGUUGGAAAUUGCUCAGAAGCACCCAGACAUCUAUGCUGUUCCUCUGAAGACACCCAAGCUGGAUCACAGUCGUCCACAGCCUAUCGGCUCCAGCUCCCGUCCUGAACCCCAGACUGCUCCAUCCUCCAAGGAGGGACGUCCCUUCUACCCCAGUGAGGAGGAGGCCGAGGAGGAGACAGUGCCGGGAUACUACACCGCCAACUCCUACCAGUACCAGGAUACCCAACUGUAGGGUCAGCACACAGCAGCUGUGCCAGCCCUCAGCUUCCUGGACAUACAUGUACACAUGCACUGCAAAUGCAGUCUAGUAACACACAUACCAUUCCAUCAUGCCCUGCCUAAAUAAGCUGCUGACUUUGAACUGACUCUUGCUUCUUUGAUAAUGAGGGGGAAAAAUAACACUAUUUUUUUUUUUUGCUUCAUGGAAGUUAAAGCAAUCUGUUCUAUCUAUUUGGAUAGGAACACACUUCCUCACUUUACUUUUUAUGUUGUAUUUGAUUGUUUCUUUCUGAUGUACCACUUUUAAUGAUCAGAACUGAGUGAUUAGGAACUACUUGUUUUCUUGCCUAUGCAACUCUUCAGUUUGUGCACAGCAACUGAAACCUAUUGCCACGAGUUUUGCCCUCACAAAAACCUCAACAAACCUAAAAACCACAAUGCGCUUUAUCACAUCUAUCCCCUUCUUUUAUUGCCAGCUACGAUCAACAAAGGUUACCUAUAUAUUAUUACAUAUAACACACACACACACACACACACACACACACACACGUAUAUAUAUGGAUGUGUGUGUGUAUAUAUAUAUAUAUAUAUAUAUAUAUAUAUAUACACACACAUAUAUAUAUAUAUGUAUUCAAAGUGUUUAUACUCUGUCUUUGCAUUCCUCCGUAUAUGACAUUGCCUGUGUAUACAUACAGUAUAUAUCUAUACAUAUAUAUAUAUAUAUAUAUAUAUUCUAUCUAGUAACACUGGAAUUUGUUACAAUUUUUUGAAGUGCCUUUUACUUUCUUAGUCCCAUGAGGUUCGGGUUGUCUUUCCUCCGCCCCUCAGCCACCCAGCCGUACUAAAACCUCUGCUGCUGUCAAGCUUAAAGGGAAACCAGGGAACCAGUGACACCAAAAUCUCAAUGCUGUCCCCACACACUGUACUGUCUACUGUCACCUCCAGUGACUAAACACACCCACAAAAAUACAGUGCACACCUUGUAGCCAGUCCUAUCUGCCAUGUAUAACAAAGAGCAUUGUCUGAUCUCUAGAAUCCUAUCAAGAACAAUAUCAGUGUAAAACCAGUUUGAAAUUUGAAAUUGAGAAAUUAGAGUUGGUCAAAGUUGUUAUCUGUAAAGGCCCAGUCACCUCAGCAAUAAAACAAAUUGGUGGCGAAAUUUUUUUUAAUUUCAACUGCGAAAUGGGUGUACAAGCUCGUGGGGUCAAAGUAAAUCUGCACAAAUCUUUUGUGGCAAGUUAAAUUUUGAACUUACAUGAGCAGUGAUUAACAUGGCAUUAGAGACUACUCCUUGCUCUUAUUGAUUGAUUUCUUUCAGGCAUGGUGGAUUCUUGCAAAUGCCAUUAGCAGCACUAUGGGGAACCAGAUAAACAUGAUUUGUCACAGAUUAUCUGUAUCAUGUGCUAUUGUCAGGAUAUAGUGACAGUUUCAGCAAAUAUAUCACAAAGUUAUUUUUAUAAAAGUUAUCUUCUGAACCUUUAAACAAUUGUGAAUUGUCAUGGUGAUCUUUGAAGGAAUGAAGAGCCAGAGAGGCUAAAACAAAAGAAGCUAUCAUUAUUACCUGUGUUCCACUUUUAUAUUAACUCCUCUGUCAGAGUAUAAACUGCUCGACAAAAGAGGCAAGGAUUUUAUCUACUUAUGAUCAGUGAUGUAGCGGUAGUUGAUGAGGUGGUUGUACUACUAGGUAGAUGGGUAGAUUAUCCAGGGGGAGGUGGGUAUACUCCAUGGAUGUAUAAAAAGAACUGGAUACAGCAUUGAAGGGAGGGCCUUCAUUCUUAUGAUAGUUGCUCAGUGGCGCAUGAAGCCAAAAUGUUUCAACUGCCGCGUACAAAAUUGCCUGGAUGAUCAGCCCAUGGAGCAAGCACACUAGAGACUUGGGGAAAAGUAGUUGGGGGCUGCAGGGCAUUACAGGAUGGCGUAAUUCCACUGUUUGGCCCAAGCCACCCAGGAACAGCGCCAGGCUUUGAUGCCAAUUUUACAUAGUGACCAAAAGUGAAAUAACAAUGAGCAGGUCUGUCACAUGAUGCCACAGGGCCCAAAAAGAAUUUUUCCUAUAGACUUAUGUCACAAAAGAGACGUCUGUAAAUCACACAUUUUUUUGAGGAUCUCAACCUCUGUGAAAUAAUCUGUUUCACUAUCAGAAUUUGAUCCAUUCGGUCCGAUAACAUUUCCAAAGUCUGGAAGAGUUGUACAAUUAAAUCAUUUUAUUCCAAUUCAAGUUAGGGGCUGCCUACACCAGAAGACAGCCGCUCAGCUGACGGAAGUUACCCACUUGGCUGCAGUUGGAGCCACUGAGCAGCUUACAUGGGACUGAAUGGGGCCUCGCCUCCAAUGCUGUAUCCAGUUCUCUUUAUAUAUCCAUGGUUUGGCCACUGCCAAACUCUGGCUUCAAAGCAUGGUGCACUUCCUAGGGGACUGGUAUGCUCCUCUAUAUAUUCCAGUAGCUUUUUGGCUGAUAUGUGGGUAUACUCUCAAUGGCCAGAAAAGAGGUGGUUAUACCCCAUAUACCUGCAUGUACCCUCCACUACACUGCUCAUGAGACAAAAGUUGAAGGUACAAAUAUAUCUUAUGAACAAGUUGUGUAAACCUACUGUCCCAAUAGCAACCAAUUUAACUAGCUAGCUAAACUAAUCUGGUUAGCCAUUAAGCUAGUUCAGGCAAGCUAGUAUGACUGACUAGUGCCAUCAUUUUUUCUGGCUAGCAUGUCAGUGAUUUUUUGCUGCAGCACCACGGCUGGCCACUCAGGCAAACUGGCAGCAAGGCUUACUCUUCACAUCAUCCAGGUCCGUUGACACAUCCAUGAGUUAGCUUGCCAGCUACUGUAGUUUGUAAACUCAUCCUGCAAACACUCACUGUGUCACCAAGCUUAUAGCACUACCUAUUUUACAAGGACAUGCAAUGAACUUUGCUAUGCCACCUUCUGGUGUGACUGGGCCUUAAGAUUUCUUUUUUCUUAUUGUUGCCGUCUUUGGUGCUCAGCAUUCAGUGCUGUGCUGUUUUUGCACUGUACCUCCCAGCCAAAAAUGAUUUGCCAGUCUUAACUGUGUGGCCAGUAGCAUGACGUCUUUUGCCUUGGAAUGUUUUGUUGAUUAAGCUCCUGCAGGUGGUGCCCUCCUCUGUCUGUUCAGCCAUGGUGGCUAUCACUGCCUAUGCUAACAGCCCUGUUAAAUGAUAAGGUUGGUGAUAUUCUACAUUUUUCUUAUGGUUAUCAAAUUCUAUGCGCAGACCCAAACCAGCAAUAAAUGUAUCCUACUAGCAUGUAUUGUGAGUGUACCCAACACUUGAUGUAUCUUUUUCCUCUGUGCCAUAGAGCUCCAUUGUUGUCCAAAAACUAUUAGAGACAAGACCAGAACACCAAAUGUGGAUUAAUCCACUGUCGACAAUAGUUCUCAACAAGUGCACUAUUUCUUCGAGUUUAAGUAACAUUUGAUAAAAACUACAGUGACCACCUAUUUUAGGAAAUUACUGAGCCUUUUUUAAAAUGAAACUAUAUAUGUCUUCAUUAGGAACCAGAAAGUAUUGGAUGGACUAACACAGUAUUGAUUAUGGUCUUUAUGCCACAAUAAGAAAAAUAAUUAAAUAACACCAGCCUUAUCUGUUCAAAGCUGUGUCCCAUUUCAAACAGCUUCCUAUCAAGACUGAAUAAGAGGAGCUGGAUCAGUCCUCCAAAGCCUGGAUAAACUUGGGGCCAAUGGGGUGUGUUGCCUAGAUUUUGACACAGAAACACACACACAUACACAAACCUACCAGAAAGGGAGACAAGCAAAAGCAAUCUUUAAGGAGCUGGCUGAAUUAUUUUUGUGUUUUAUCAGUCAUCCACAGAGUGGAGAAAAACAAAUUUACAGAUGUCUGAAGCCACAUUUUCUAACCCACAGAAAUGUGUGUUCUGCCCUGGUCUCAGUGUCUGUGGUGGAGGCAGUCAGUUUUAUUUGAUCUGGACUCCAUUAUCAGUGUGAAUGAGUGGUGUCCCACAUGUUUCAAAUAUGCUUGAUUGUAUAUCUCAGUUAACUCUUUACCUCCACACAUGAGCUACAAAGUGCUUACUGUCCAAAUCCAAGUGCUAAUAAGGGACGUCCCUCACAAUGGACUGGCAUUGAACUCCUGAAGUAUAAUGUACUAUGUCAUGGCAGAGGGUUAUAUUACAGACGAGAUGGAGAGAAUAAGAAGAAUGAUUGGACUGUGUCUGCUGAGUUUUUCCAUGUUUUCACCGUAAGACACCAAAUAAAACAAAAAGUCUUA